UGAUAUUUUAUCGAAGAAAGGAAAAGAGGCAGCUAAAAAACCUAGCAAGAACCAAGCACAGUAAAAAAACGAAGUUGCAGGAGCCCAGAUAUACACCGCUGCUUUAAACAAAGAAAGGGCCGAAGCUACGGCGGCUCCCAACAGCGGCGACGGUACUUGAAUAGUAAAAAUGGGAGGCGGAAGAGGAAGAGGAAACCACAGGUCCCGAACUCAAAGAAAGCACUUCAGAGAUGGGCGUGAUAACGUUUGGAAACGCCCCAAAUCAGACUCGUCCGCCGCGGAUUCCAACACCAACAACGCCGGCGAUAAUCCUACUUGGCAGCCCUUUGCUACUCAAAACUUGGCCUUUGAAGAAUACUACAAGGAGCAAGGGAUUGUAUCACCCGAAGAAUGGGACACUUUUGUUGAAGUUCUUCGAAAGCCAUUACCAUCUGCUUUCAGAAUCAAUUCCAGUAGCCAGUUCAGUGCAGAUAUUAGAAUGCAGUUAGAGAAUGACUUUAGGAAGUCUCUUCAAGCUGAGGUUACUGAUGGUAGUGAAGUAGAUCCUGUCAGACCAUUGCCUUGGUAUCCUGAUAAUCUUGCUUGGCAAUCUAAUUUUUCUCGAAUGCAACUAAGGAAGAACCAAACGCUUGAGAGGUUUCACGAGUUCCUGAAGCUGGAAAAUGAAAUUGGAAACAUCACUAGACAGGAGGCUGUGAGCAUGGUACCUCCUCUAUUUUUGGAUGUUCGUCCAGAUCAUUUUGUACUUGACAUGUGUGCUGCACCAGGUUCGAAAACUUUCCAGUUGUUGGAGAUUAUAUAUCAAUCAACCAAAUCAAAGUCACUGCCUGAUGGAAUGGUUGUAGCUAAUGACCUUGAUGUCCAAAGAUGUAAUCUACUGAUCCAUCAGACAAAAAGAAUGUGCACUGCAAACUUGAUAGUCACAAAUAACGAAGCCCAACAUUUCCCAGGCUGCCGUGUUAAAGUUUCUGAAAAUGAUUUUGAGCCUCCUAUUAGUCAACUUCUUUUUGAUCGCAUCUUGUGUGAUGUUCCCUGCAGUGGAGAUGGGACACUUCGCAAGGCCCCUGAUCUAUGGAGGAAAUGGAAUUCAGGGAUGGGCAAUGGACUCCAUAUCCUACAAAUUCAGAUAGCAAUGCGAGGCUUAACCUUGCUUAAGGUUGGUGGAAGAAUGGUUUACUCGACUUGUUCAAUGAAUCCAGUUGAAAAUGAGGCUGUUGUUGCUGAGAUUUUACGGAAGUGUGGAGAGUCUGUUGAACUAGUUGAUGUCUCCAAUGAUUGUCCUCUACUUGUUCGUCGCCCAGGUCUAAGAAAAUGGAAGGUGCGUGAUAAGGGUAUUUGGCUGUCCUCCCACAAAGAUGUUUCUAAAUACCGUAGAUAUGGGAUUCUCCCCAGUAUGUUUCCUUCUGGUAAAAGCUAUGUUGCCCCAGAAGAGAGUGACUGUAAGCAUGAAAAUGGUGAUGAUAAAACUUCAGAAGAUGAGCCAAUGGAGGAUCCUAUGGCUUCAAUGGAGGACUCAAAUGAGGAAGUUUCUGAUCUCCCGCUAGAACGUUGCAUGAGGAUAGUGCCUCAUGAUCAGAACAGUGGGGCCUUUUUCAUUGCUAUCUUUCACAAGCUCUCUCCUUUGCCAUUCAUUCCUGAAAAGCCCAGUCGGCGAGGAAACUUGUUAAAUAAAAAACAGGACUCACAGCAGAAGUCAUCAGAUGAGGUUUCUGAAGUUAAUAAUGGGAUGGAGCUAAAUUCUGAAGAUGCUGCUUUGCAAAGAUCUGCUGAAGUACCUUCAGAAGCUGAGUUAAUAGAUACUGAUUUGCAAGGAUCUAUUGAAGUAGCUUCAGAAGCUGAGUUGAUAGAGAAUGAACCAGAUAAAACAUGUGGCGAAAAUGAAUCAGAGAAAGCUGAAGAAGUUAAUGAGGAGCCUCUACCUAGCAAGCCUGCAGGGAAGAGAAAGUUGCAAAUUCAAGGCAAAUGGAAAGGAGUGGAUCCUGUUCUAUUCUUCAAAGAUGAAGCCAUUAUAAAUAGCAUAAAGGCAUUCUACGGAAUUGAUGAAUCACUUCCGUUAGAUGGUCACUUAAUUUCGAGAAACAUUGAUAAUAACCAUGUGAAGAGAAUUUACUAUGUUUCGAAAUCAGUGAAGGAUGUUCUAGAACUUAAUCUCCGUGUAGGCCAGCAACUUAAGAUUGCUUCAGUCGGCUUGAAGAUGUUUGAACGACAAACAUCAAGAGAAGGUACAUCUGCACCAUGUUCAUUCCGCAUAUCAUCUGAAGGAUUGCCAGUGAUUCUUCCGCACUUGACCAAACAGAUUCUAUGCAUCUCUCCAGUAGAUUUCAAGCAUCUUUUGCAGUAUAAGUUUGUAAAAUACACAGACUUUGUUGAUGCCGAGUCUGGGGAAAAAGCAUCAAAGCUGCAGACUGGUUGCUGUGUGAUAGUUUUGAGAGAUGGCAAGAAUUUGUCUGAUCCUAUUCACGUGGAUGCUUCAACAAUAGCCAUUGGCUGUUGGAAGGGUCGGUCCAGUUUGAAUGUGAUGGUUACAGCAAUUGACUGCCAAGAAUUGCUAGAAAGACUUUCUGUAAGGAUGGACGGUGAAAAGGCGACUCGAGAAGAUAAAGUUGAGGCAGGUGAAGUGCAGGACAGUAUGAACGGAGUUGAAAAGGUUGAGGAAUCGGAGAGUGCUAAACAAGCCACAAAUUAGAUUCUUUAGUUGAUGCAAAUUUUGAUCUUGUGCACUAAUUACUUGCAUAUGGCUACUGGCUAGCUGAUAAUGGCUUUUAGACACUUCCACAGCUUAAAAUUUUACAGUGUUUCUGUUUUUGGAAAUGGCCUUAACAUUUUUGCUGUACUAUUGCAUACAUAGCCUGCAUUUAAUGACGAGUAAGUAAAUUAUUCAGCUGAA